AUGGGCGCGACGUUCAACAGGCGGAUGUGCAGUGUGGCUACCAUCGCGCCCAAUGGGCGCGACGGUGAACAGGCGGAUGUGCAGCGCGGCUACCAUCGCGCCCAAUGGGCGCGACGGUCAACAGGCGGACGUGCGGCGUGGCUACCAUCGCGCCCAAUGGGCGCAACGGUCAACAGGCAGAUGUGCGGCGCGGCUACCAUCGCGCCCAAUGGGCGCGACGGUCAACAGGCGGAUGUGCGAGGCGGCUACCAUCGCGCCCAAUGGGCGCGACGGUCAACAGGCGGAUGUGUGAGGCGGCUACCAUCGCGCCCAAUGGGCGCGACGGUGAACAGGCAGAUGUGUGAGGCGGCUACCAUCGCGCCCAAUGGGCGCGACGGUCAACAGGCGGAUGUGCGGCGCGGCUACCAUCGCGCCCAAUGGGCGCGACGGUCAACAGGCGGAUGUGCAGCGCGGCUACCAUCGCGCCCAAUGGGCGCGACGGUGAACAGGCGGAUGUGUGAGGUGGCUACCAUCGCGCCCAAUGGGCGCGACGGUGAACAGGCAGAUGUGCGGCGCGGCUACCAUCGCGCCCAAUGGGCGCGACGGUCAACAGGCGGAUGUGCAGCGCGGCUACCAUCGCGCCCAAUGGGCGCGACGGUGAACAGGCGGAUGUGCGGCGUGGCUACCAUCGCGCCCAAUGGGCGCGACGGUGAACAGGCAGAUGUGCGGCGCGGCUACCAUCGCGCCCAAUGGGCGCGACGGCGGAUGUGCGGCGCGGCUACCAUCGCGCCCAAUGGGCGCGACGGUGAACAGGCGGAUGUGCAGGCGGCUACCAUCGCGCCCAAUGGGCGCGACGGUGAACAGGCGGAUGUGUGGCGCGGCUACCAUCGCGCCCAAUGGGCGCGACGGUCAACAGGCGGAUGUGCGGCGCGGCUACCAUCGCGCCCAAUGGGCGCGACGGUCAACAGGCGGAUGUGCGAGGCGGCUACCAUCGCGCCCAAUGGGCGCGACGGUGAACAGGCGGAUGUGCGAGGCGGCUACCAUCGCGCCCAAUGGGCGCGACGGUCAACAGGCGGACGUGUGAGGCGGCUACCAUCGCGCCCAAUGGGCGCGACGGUCAACAGGCAGAUGUGCGGCACGGCUACCAUCGCGCCCAAUGGGCGCGACGGUGAACAGGCGGACGUGUGCAGCGCGGCUACCAUCGCGCCCAAUGGGCGCGACGGUGAACAGGCAGAUGUGCGGAUGUGCAGGCGGCUACCAUCGCGCCCAAUGGGCGCGACGGUGAACAGGCGGAUGUGCGGUGUGGCUACCAUCGCGCCCAAUGGGCGCGACGGUGAACAGGCAGAUGUGCGGCGCGGCUACCAUCGCGCCCAAUGGGCGCGAUGGUCAACAUGCGGAUGUGCGGUGCGGCUACCAUCGCGCCCAAUGGGCGCGACGGUAAACAGGCGGAUGUGCGGUGUGGCUACCAUCGCGCCCAAUGGGCGCGACGGCAGAUGUGCAGCGCGGCUACCAUCGCGCCCAAUGGGCGCGACGGUCAACAAGCGGACGUGUGAGGCGGCUACCAUCGCGCCCAAUGGGCGCGACGGUGAACAGGCAGAUGUGCAGCGCGGCUACCAUCGCGCCCAAUGGGCGCGAUGGUCAACAGGCAGAUGUGCAGCGCGGCUACCAUCGCGCCCAAUGGGCGCGAUGGUCAACAGGCGGAUGUGCAGCGCGGCUACCAUCGCGCCCAAUGGGCGCGACGGUGAACAGGCGGAUGUGCAGCGCGGCUACCAUCGCGCCCAAUGGGCGUGA